UGUUAAUAAAAAAAUGGGUAAUUAAACCUCAUAUGUCAAUGAAUAAGUGAUUUCAAUGGAUGGCAAAUUAGAAGAUCAUUUAGAAUGCAUUGGAUCAAAGCAGCACAAAUAUUUAGGGAUGAUUUAAUUAUGGAGAAGGGAUUCUAAAAGUAAACCGUCAAUCUUUUCGAAAGUAUCUGUAUUGUUAGAUCAAUAAGUUAUCUCAUACCGGUUAAAGACAUGACUUAAAUGUGAAUGAGCACAACGAUAGAAAAAAGGCAAAUCAUCCAAAUAUAUUAUAAUAUUACGGAUGCUAAUCGAAUUAUUUAACAUUUAAAGGGAAUAUUCUAUAAACAAAAUUCUUUUUUGAAUAUAUUCCAAAUACUUUAGAUAAUGUAAUCGGUUUUCAUAAAAAGAAUUGUAGUUAUUUGGAAGAAGCUGAAAUUUGGAAAGUAUUUUAUAUCUGAAAUCAUUUAGAUCAUUUUACAAAUAGUUUCUGCAUGUUCAUUUUUACAAAAGUUAGAUUUAUUUCAUGGAGAUUUGAAUCCCUAAACAAUUUUUAUAGAUAACUCCAAAUAAGUUAAAAUAUUGGUACUUUAAUUUCAUAAUAUAAUAGUAUCAUAAUGCAUACCCAGAAAUAAUUACAUCUUAUGCCAAAUUAUUAGCCUAUUCUGAUGCUAGUGUUUACAUAUCACCAUAAUAAUUAGAUGCCUUAGUAAAUUAAUCAGUCACUCCAAAAGAUGAUCCUUUCAAAACAGAUUCUUUUCAACUCGGACUCACCUUAUUGGAAUUAAUGACUAUGACAUCAAGUAUUCAGUUAUCAUUUAUAAUGAGUUUUGGAGGAAUGUAUAGACUAUCAAAGAAAAACUAUAUAUUUUAAAUCAAUUAUGGAUCUGUUGUCAUCUGCAAGAAAGAGAUACUCUUAACAAUUGAUCAAUUUGGUCUAAAGGCUAAUUACUUUUGAUGAAUAAUCCAGACCAACCCUUUCUGAUAUUCUUUUUGAUACUAAUUUGUAAUAAUAAGGUAGUACUUUUCUGCCAUAAUCGAAAAUAAGAAGAUAUACAUCUCCUCCUAGAUAGCCUGAAAGAAAUAAUUCACCUCCCCCUGAUUUGGGAUUAAGUAGUAAAUCUCCAGUUUUAAGAGACCUAUCUAUUCAAUCAUACUUUAGAACUCCUUUAUAAAGAAGUGUAUCUCCCGUAUUGGAUAGAUCUGGAAAAUAUCUAAGUCCAGCUUAAAGUAGAAAUACCACCGCAGCCUUAAGUGUGUUUAAUAAAACUCCGACCAAACAAACAAUAUUGAUUUAGAGUUAAAAAACACCUAUCAAAGAUGAAAGAGGGAGAAAGCUUAAUACUGUCACUGAAAAUUCAAGAAAUUUUAUGGUCAUAAGCAGAAGCCCAAUAUAAAACUAAUCCAGAAAAACAUCAUUUCAAAUGACUUCAAUUCAUAAACCUGCUUUAAAGCUUGUAACUCCCUAACACCACACUGGGUUUUUGCCCCCAUAUUAAUAAGCAUUCUAUUAAGAUAAAGCCAAUUAGAAGUAGGCCAAUCCUUAAUAAUAAUUUUCAUAGACCAUUCAACACUUUGUUCAACCUUGUUUCAAUAACUAAGAAAACUUUAGUAAUACCUUACCAAAAUCUGAGUCUGCUUACUAUUCUAAACCAUAAGAUGCUUCAUUUUAACAAUAACANUUAGAUAAUGUAAUCGGUUUUCAUAAAAAGAAUUGUAGUUAUUUGGAAGAAGCUGAAAUUUGGAAAGUAUUUUAUAUCUGAAAUCAUUUAGAUCAUUUUACAAAUAGUUUCUGCAUGUUCAUUUUUACAAAAGUUAGAUUUAUUUCAUGGAGAUUUGAAUCCCUAAACAAUUUUUAUAGAUAACUCCAAAUAAGUUAAAAUAUUGGUACUUUAAUUUCAUAAUAUAAUAGUAUCAUAAUGCAUACCCAGAAAUAAUUACAUCUUAUGCCAAAUUAUUAGCCUAUUCUGAUGCUAGUGUUUACAUAUCACCAUAAUAAUUAGAUGCCUUAGUAAAUUAAUCAGUCACUCCAAAAGAUGAUCCUUUCAAAACAGAUUCUUUUCAACUCGGACUCACCUUAUUGGAAUUAAUGACUAUGACAUCAAGUAUUCAGUUAUCAUUUAUAAUGAGUUUUGGAGGAAUGUAUAGACUAUCAAAGAAAAACUAUAUAUUUUAAAUCAAUUAUGGAUCUGUUGUCAUCUGCAAGAAAGAGAUACUCUUAACAAUUGAUCAAUUUGGUCUAAAGGCUAAUUACUUUUGAUGAAUAAUCCAGACCAACCCUUUCUGAUAUUCUUUUUGAUACUAAUUUGUAAUAAUAAGGUAGUACUUUUCUGCCAUAAUCGAAAAUAAGAAGAUAUACAUCUCCUCCUAGAUAGCCUGAAAGAAAUAAUUCACCUCCCCCUGAUUUGGGAUUAAGUAGUAAAUCUCCAGUUUUAAGAGACCUAUCUAUUCAAUCAUACUUUAGAACUCCUUUAUAAAGAAGUGUAUCUCCCGUAUUGGAUAGAUCUGGAAAAUAUCUAAGUCCAGCUUAAAGUAGAAAUACCACCGCAGCCUUAAGUGUGUUUAAUAAAACUCCGACCAAACAAACAAUAUUGAUUUAGAGUUAAAAAACACCUAUCAAAGAUGAAAGAGGGAGAAAGCUUAAUACUGUCACUGAAAAUUCAAGAAAUUUUAUGGUCAUAAGCAGAAGCCCAAUAUAAAACUAAUCCAGAAAAACAUCAUUUCAAAUGACUUCAAUUCAUAAACCUGCUUUAAAGCUUGUAACUCCCUAACACCACACUGGGUUUUUGCCCCCAUAUUAAUAAGCAUUCUAUUAAGAUAAAGCCAAUUAGAAGUAGGCCAAUCCUUAAUAAUAAUUUUCAUAGACCAUUCAACACUUUGUUCAACCUUGUUUCAAUAACUAAGAAAACUUUAGUAAUACCUUACCAAAAUCUGAGUCUGCUUACUAUUCUAAACCAUAAGAUGCUUCAUUUUAACAAUAACACUCCAUACAACAACAAUAAUAAUAAUAGUAAUAAUAAUAAUAAUAGGCGAUCAUAUAAAAUUAAUAGCCUCUAUCGGCUAAUCCAUUUGGUAAAACACCGUAAAAAGUACCAUAAAAGGGUAUCAAUUUACUAUCACCACUUUCAAGUAAUAAUAAAUGA